AUGGCUUCCACUUUCGAAUCUUGUUGGCAGUACUUGAUCACAAAUUUCAGCGACUUUCAACUGGCAUGUUUGGGAAGUUUCUUUCUGCAUGAAAGUGUUUUCUUCUUAUCUGGACUUCCUUUUGUAUGGAUCGAGAGGGCAGGUUGGUUGAGCAAGUACAAGAUUCAGGCGAAAAAUAAUACCCCUGCAGCUCAGGAUAAAUGUAUUGUUCGCUUGCUGAUUUAUCAUUUUGGUGUCAAUCUACCUGUUAUGAUUUUUUCGUAUCCCGUCUUCAAAUACAUGGGCAUGCGGAGUAGUCUUCCCCUACCGUCCUGGAAUGUGAUUCUAACUCAAAUAAUAUUUUACUUCAUUUUGGAGGACUUCAUAUUCUACUGGGGACACAGGAUAUUGCACACAAAAUGGUUAUACAAACAUGUCCACAGUGUACAUCACGAGUUUGCAACACCAUUUGGACUUACUUCGGAAUAUGCUCAUCCGGCUGAAAUACUUUUCCUUGGGUUUGCAACCAUUGUUGGUCCUGCCAUCACUGGACCUCACUUGAUUACUUUGUGGUUAUGGAUGGUUCUGAGAGUCCUAGAGACGGUUGAGGCACAUUGCGGUUACCAUUUUCCGUGGAGUCUCUCAAACUUCAUUCCAUUAUAUGGGGGAGCUGAUUUUCACGAUUAUCAUCACCGUUUAUUGUACACCAAGUCCGGAAACUAUUCAUCAACUUUCACUUACAUGGACCGGAUAUUUGGAAGUGAUGUAGGUUACAGAAAGUUAAAAGCAUUGAAGAACUCAGGGUUUGAAGACAGUUAUGAGCAAAAGCAACAAUAA